AUGGCAGCCUCCAUGUUAGCACCGUCUCUGCGUGUUCCAGUACCAGUAGUGUUUGUUCUUGGGGCAACUGGCACAGGAAAAUCAAAAUUGGCAAUAGAAAUAGGUAGAAGAUUCAAUGGAGAGAUAAUCAGUACAGAUUCUAUGCAGGUUUAUCAGGGACUGGACAUUGUUACUAACAAAGUGACCUCGGAGGAACAGGACCUGUGUCCUCAUCACAUGAUUAACUAUGUCAGUCCACUAGAAGAAGAUUAUCACAUCCACCGCUUCAGGGGCAAGGCUUUACCUGUAAUAGAGCAACUUUUGAGGGAUAAGAAACUACCCAUUGUAGUGGGAGGAACAAACUACUAUAUUGAAUCGUUGCUUUGGAAUACCCUGAUCAAAUCAGAGGAUAUCCAAAGAGCAAAGAUGAGUUCAGAGCCAUCGGAAGGUAAAGAGGGUGACAUUGAGGCCAAUAAAGCUUGUGAAAAGGAAGGAAAAGAUGGUGACACUGAGACCAAUAGAAAAGAGGAAGUGGAUAAAUUGAGUGAGGUUGUAACAGAGGAGGAGAGCUGUAAUCAUCUGCGAUCCGAGAAGGACAGCGUUUACCGAGACCUGGACACUCGCACCCUGUACCAGAGUCUACAGUCCAUAGAUCCACUGACAGCCAGCCGCCUUCACCCCAACGACAGGCGGAAAAUGCUAAGGGCCUUGGAAGUUUAUGAUGUUCAUGGGGUUCCAGUGAGUGAAAUCUACAAGGCCCAGAAAUCAGCUGAUUGUCAGGGGGUCACAAAACUAAGGUAUCCCAACACCUGUGUCCUGUGGGUCCAGAGCGAACAAAGUGUUUUAGAUGAUCGUACAAAUAAACGAGUAGACACCAUGAUAGAGAGAGGGUUGAUACAGGAGUUACUGGACUUUCAUCAGCAGUACAAUGCCAAGAGAGAAAGGGAAAACAGAGAAAUAGACUACACAACAGGGAUAUUUCAGAGUAUAGGAUUUAAGGAGUUCCAUGAAUAUCUUCUUUUAUCCGAGGAGGAAAGAAAUUCAGAAAAGGGAAAACUGAUGUUUGAAAAAGGUGUUGACAAAAUGAAGACAGCAACAAGACAAUAUGCUAGAAGACAAAUUCACUGGAUUAAAAGCCGACUCUUAAGAUACAAGGGAAGUAACCCUCCUCCCGUGUAUGCAGUAGAUUCCACAGAUGUGAGUCAAUGGAAGGAAAAAGUCCAUGAUCCCGCCAUACAAAUUGUCCAGGAUUACGUGAAUGGUGUUGUUCCCUCACAGGAGCCCGUACCAUUGACUGAGUAUGAUGAUGAAAAGGAGUUCAACCAUUGUAAAAUCUGUAACAAGACUUUUGUAAUGAAGAAGAAAUGGCAAAAUCAUUUGAAGUCAUCAAAGCAUUAUAGAAGACAGAAAAGUAUAAAGAAAAGACUUGGUGAGACAAGUGUUAUUUUAGACAAAUUCAUAGAAAUGAGGAUAGAAAAAAGAACAAUGGGAGACCCCAACUCGAUAUCAGAUAGCAGUGAUGUACAAACACCAGACAAGGAGGAUAGUGCUGGGAUAGAGGGAAGCUGACGUACAGAGAAAUGAUCAACACGUGGGAUAAAUAAUCAAAGCAUGCCAGGUACUCAAUGAUGAACACAUGUGCUCCCUGCCCCAUUCUCUACAUACAUGGAUUCUAAAUGUGGAAGUGAGGAGAAUGUGAUGAAUUUUUACUUGCCUUUUCUGAAGUGCCAUGUUUUAUAUGUGCAUUAAAUGCAUAGCGUUAUAUAUUUGGAGGAGUUCCUUUCCGAGUCAGAUUAUGUAAAAUAUGUAAAACAUAAUUGCUUCUUCACAAUCAUAUAGACUGUAUAGAUAUGACAACUAUCUGUUAUAGUGAAGAAACAUUUGUUGGAUGCCAUAGUGUAAAAUCAGGGAUUUUCUUGUGAUCUCUUUUUAAUUAGGUCACUGAGUAAACUCAGGUGACCUAUUGCUAUCUGUUUUCGUCCAUCGUUGUGCGUCGUUCGUCGUGUGUUAACAUUUGAACAUUUUCAGCUUCUUCUCUGCAACCACUCAACCAAUUUCAACCAAAUUUGCCAUAAAGCAUCUAUGGAUGAAGGGGAACAAAAAGUAUGAUUUUCAUGGUCCCUGCCCCCCUGGGGCCUGAGGGAUGGGGCCAAAACCACUAAAAUUAGUGCAAUAUUUAAAAAUCUUCUUCUUUACUCCUGGACAUCAAGCAGUCAAACUGUUAGCAUGAAUGUAAUGACCAUUGAGUCCUCUACCAAAAUUGUGAAAUUCAUGGCCCCAGGGUCAGGGGUUCUAGUGCUAGGGUGGGGCUAUAUUGAUUAUAUAGUGAAAAUGCAUUAUUUCUUUAAAAAUCUUCUUCUCUGCUCCUGGGUAUUAAAUAAACUAACUAAGUACAUAGUUAUGAUGAGGAAGAAUGCCUUUUGCAAAAUUGUGAAUUUUAUGGCCCCAGGGUCAGGGGUUCUGGUGUUAGGGCGGGGCUCUAUUGAUUAUAUAGUGAAAAUACAUUAAUUCUUUGAAAAUCUUCUUCUCUGCUACUGAGUAUAAAAUAAACUAACUAGUAAGUAUGUAGUUAUGAUGAGCAAGAAUGCCUCUUCCAAAAUUGUGAAUUUUUAUGGCCCCAGGGUUAGGGGUUCUGGUGAUAGGGCGGGGCUCUAUUGAUUAUAUAGUGAAAAUAGAUUAUUUCUGUAAAAAUCUUCUUCUCUGUUCCUGGGUAUUAAAUAAACUAAGUACAUAGUUAUGAUGUGGAAGAAUACCUUUGUGAAUUUUAUGACCCCAGGGUCAGGGAUUCUGGUGUUAGGGCGGGGCUCUAUUGAUUAUAUAUUGAAAAUAGAUUAUUUCUUUAAAAAUCUUCUUCUCUGUUCCUGGGUAUUAAAGAAACUAAGUACAUAGUUAUGAUGUGGAAGAAUACCUUUGUGAUUUUUAUGACCCCAGGGUCAGGGACCGGUUCUGUUGUUAGGGCGGGGCUCUAUUGGUUAUAUAGAAAAUGCAGAAAUUGUUUGAAAAUCUUCUUCUCUGCUCCUGGGUAUUAAGCAGAUGAACUACCUAUAUAGCUAUGAUGAGCAAGGGCCAUUCUUCCUGAAUUGUGAAUUUCAACGCCCCUGGGUCAGGGGUACCAUAGAGGGGGGGGGGUCUACUUAUAUACUGGAAAUGAAUUGAUUGAUUGAAAUCUUCUCCUUUGUAUUAAUCAAAUAUUUUUGAUAAGCAAGGGUGCCUUUUCCAAAAUAGUGAAAUGUGUGGACCAAGGGGUUCAUGUGUGGUAGGGGCACUUUACUGAUUAUUGCUGAAUAUUACUGAUUAGUUGAAAUGCAUUUUUUUGUUCCCCUACCCUGCCUAUGGGUAUUAAGUAACCAAACUAAACAUGCUAAGUGUAUAGUUAUGAUUAGCAAUGGUGCCUCUUUCAAAAUUGUGAAUGCCAUGACAUCUAGUUUAAAACAUGAACCAAAGUCAAUCGUUGUAAAGUUGUUGCAUGAUGCUCAGGUCACCAAUAAGGCCCAUGGGCCUCUUGUAAUUUUAUAAAAAAAAAUGUUUUAGAAGAAAAAUAAUAAACAUUUAA